GGCUGGUUUACUGUCUUUACUGAUUUGAUGAGAUGAUUCUUUUAGAUCAGACAACUACUCUGUCAUUUCAGCCUUUUAUCAACAAAACUAAGGAAACCUUACGUGUAUCGUAAGGUAUAAAUCUCUAAGACAAUAUCACCUAUUGCUUUGACGUGUAUCUGAUCAGCCUUAUCCUGCUUUGAAGCCAUAUAUACGAUUGCUGCCAAAUUUCUGCAUGUAAGAUUCUAGGGGAAGAGGCGUUUUAAGAACAUAUUAUUUGAAAACGACUCUCUCUGGAACCCUAAAAUCUUUUGGUGGGCGAAAUUGCCAUGCAAUAACAACAGAGUUGUUCGAUAGACAUCUUAAAGAGCAUUGUUAUAAAAGGCACCAGAAUACAAUUUUGAGUGUGGCUCAAUGUGCCCCGCGCACUAUACCCUAUUGGUAUAAUGAAAGCCCAAAACCCUGCAGAGAGUGUCUCCCCUGCCCCGAACCUGACGUCGUGAAAAUAUUUUUGGCAAGAGAUUUAGUUUGACGCAGCAAAGCAAAAGUUCGUUUUGAGACUUACGUCUAAGUGUCGCUCAAAAACAAUGCAACAUCUCUUCUAAGCGAGAAGAGGGCAACUACAAAUAAAUAGCGAAACCACGCCGAUAGGACACUCUUGGAUUCGACUGCACGUACGCAAGGCGUUUGACCUUUAGCUCCAGUUGAAGGAGCAGAACAUUUAGGAGGAUGAUUUUCCUGUUUGCGUUGUCCUUUAUUAAUCUCGGUACUUUUGCGGGGGGAGAUUUUAGCCCUCUUGGAAGGGGAUUGUAUCUUCCUACAUAGAAACUUGUGGGUGACAUACCCAGGAGUGGAUAUCAGGUAUACAGAAAUGUUUGGCCUAGAGUAAUUACAUUGCUGGUAAAGAUACUAACUGCCUAUAAGUCGGUAAACUUUCAGCUGAAGCUGUGCGUCUUUGAAACGCCCGCAAAUGCUUGCAUAAGCAACUAGGGUUUUUUGUGACAAAAUAUGACUUACAAGUUUUUAUUGACCCUGUUUUGAAGGAUCGUCGAAGAAAAUGUUGAAACGAAAGGAAGUGUUCUGCAGAGUAUUGUACGUUGAAAAAGCAACUCAUUGCAUGGGUGUUGAGUUUUCUUACGUUUAAUUUCUUUGAUAGGCCUGCAUCACAUCUUACUGCAUCUUGCUCAUCUGGAGAGUCCUGCCUCAAUUCCAGUCCUUAAACUCAUCCUGAAAUCCUUAUUACUGAUCUGCAAUCCACGGUUUUGUCCUUGCCUCUGAUGUCCCAAAUCCAUAGAAAGAAGUCUUUUAUUGCUUUUCCUGUUUAUCGGUCUUUUAUGGAAUAUCAUCUAUUUUCACGUUUUUUUUUUCUACAGAUUUUGGAUCCUUCCGUUUUGCAGAGGUGUAUCAUAGAAAACCCAAAGCUCGUCUCGAUUCGGAGAUUCCGUUACUACAAAGACACGAAUGCCGCCUAUUCGUCCCUGGCGACCACAGCAGGUCUGGAAAGUUCUCUUAAGACAGGCUUUUCACUGGGCUUAUCACUCGAGUAUGCAUCAAAAGGGCUCUCCGAGUUCGUCCAUUCUGUGACUGGAAAUUCACUCCUGAUCCAGGCAUCUUACAGUCAAGAUAUGUUAAACGAAGCAUGCCUGCUGGAUGAAAAGAAUUUUGACGGAAACUUUUUAGAACAAUUUCGAAAACUGCCUGUUAAAAUUCAGGAUCCCUGGUAUUCCAAUGCCUGGAAGCACUAUGAUGUAUUCCUCAACACUUAUGGCUCUCAUGUUGUGUCGUCUGCGUUACUGGGAUCGAGCAUCAACCAAAUGGUAUUUGCUGAGACCGACGAUUCCUAUAAGGAGAGAGAUUUCAAGGUUGAAAGCUUCUUGGCCUUGGCGUGACCGACAAAUGUCACAGAGCUUGGUGUUUCAGUGUGUUCUGGUAUUCAUGAAAGUGAAAUAUCCCGGGUGUCUGAAAUGUCCAUGAAUGGCAAUCUGGUUGUUCGAGGAGGGACCCCUGAAACCAGAAACGAGCUUAUUAAGCACCGCACUGCAGAUCUGAUGGAAAAAUUUCUGAAUGAAGCCAAAGAAACCAAGUCUGCAAUUCAGUACACCUUGACGUCACUUUGGAGCAUUCUGCAAACCCUGUAUGUCGGACAACAUACUGAAAACUUCAUCAGAGCUGUCAAUCUCGAGUACUACUACCUCGGGUUUCUCAACUAUGGCUGCGACUAUAGGCCUGGUGGCGGACAAGAUUUGCAGAUGUUCAACUUUGCCAAGAGUUCUUCCCCCACCUCACCGCAGUACGAGUGUUCUCUGGCGCCAGAAGGCUGUCACAGUGACAAAGACUGCCACCGUAAGGCAGUGGCCUGGUGCUCAUGUAGAGGUCCAUCGUGCGUCACGUACACGGACAUCAAACUGGACUAUAACUGUAAUGGGAAAACGACAGCGGUCAUCAACACCGAGACUGACUGGGAAUGGCAUGGCUGCGAGAUCUCGCAUGUUCGUUGCUACUGCAAGAACCCGUCGGAGGAGCGUACAACGGUAUGGAAACUAGACAACAAGCGCGCUUUGUUCCGAGCCCAUUACUUAAGCUUGAACCCGAACAUCUCCAAAGGAACAGUCGAGCUAUAGCUUUAAUAAAAAAACAACCGGCAAAGAAAGAAAAUGGCAAGACUGUUUUAAAACUGGAAAUUGUAGAAUAGUGUUUUUUUUCGAUCUUUUUCGCUUUUUGCUGUACACCUGUAAUGUAGCAAUCGUUAGGUACUUAGACUAAAACUGGCUUCGCGUUUUUGUAAUUUUUAGCACGUGCAGUUCUCAUCAAAAGCAUAUUUGUCAUAUAUGUUUCAUGAUAUGGGUAUAUAAGAACAAAAUGUACCGAGCAUUGUUAAUUUGACAUCAAGAUCUUGAGCUAGGUAGAUCAUCCGCUUCGGUGACUUUGUAUUUUGUAUUUUCAUUUUAAAAGGCGGCAAGGCUUGCCGAACAGUUACGUAUAGCCCCUUAGACAAAUAAAACCCCUAGGCUUUUCAUUAUCAGGUUUAACUGUUUGUGUUUGGUCUCGUUUCGAAUAGUUUCUUUUAGAAUAAACCAAAAAAAAGUACGUGCUGCUCACCUAGUUCCUAGACGUUUCUAGGAUGUUCAAA